AGCUCUCGUUCUUCCAGAAAAUGAGCUUGAGCCACUUGGAAAAUAUGCCUUUAAACCAUUCAAGUCCUCAAGGAGCACAGAGAUCAUCCUGGAAGCUAUGGCUCCUCUGCUCAACAAUAACUUUUCUAUUGCUUUGCCUCUUCAUUAUACUAAUCUUUAUUUUUCUCCCACUCAAGACUGUCAACAAGCCCUGCGUAGCUAAGUUUGGACCAUUACCCUCAAAAUGGCAAAUAACACCUGAGUCUCUUUGCGUGCACGUGGAUAAGGAUACGGAUAUGGACAUGGAUAUGGAUGAGAUAUAUGAUUGGAAGCUGAAAAUACGUCACAGUGGCUUGUAUAUAAUUUACGGCCAAGUGGUGCCCAAUACAACCUACAAGGAAAAAGCUCCUUUUGAGGUGCAGCUACGUAAAAACGAUGCCACCAUACAAACUCUCACAAACAACUCAAAAACUCAGAGUGUGGGAGGAACUUAUGAAUUGCAUGCCGGAGACACAAUAGCCUUGAGAUUCAACUAUAAAUAUCAGUUUCUAAAAAAUGAUACAUACUGGGGGAUCUUCUUGCUAGCAAAUCCCCCAUUUGUCUCCUAGUAACUUGGUUGGGUCUCCUCAUCCUCCUCAGCACGUGCAGGGAUGCCGAGGGGUGAGGUGGAAGAGGCAGAGUUUCAAUGCCUGUGGUUUGUCUAGGUACACAAAUCAACACAAAGAAACCUCCUCUGUGUGGUGAAUUUUCAUCGCUCAUGGCUAUCUGAAGGAGACCCAGACAUUUGGCUAAAGAUAUUUCGUUACCCCUAUUGUUGGAUCCACAAAGACACUUCACUAAUCCAUGAUAAAAUGAAUGUUAGAAUAUGAGUGACAGAAGCUCCUCAAAGAGUCUUUGUCUAAUCUUUGAAUCCCUGGUUGGAAAAAUGAAGUCCUAUUACCAUGGGAACCUUGCCUAGUGUGAUGGUUAAAGGUGUGUGUCAACUUGGCUGGGCCAUGGUUCUCAGUGGUUUGGCAGUUAUGUAAUGAUGUAAUUUGCCACUUAUGUAGUGAUGUAAUAACUCUCUAUUUUGUGAUCUGAAGUGGGCAGCCAAUGAGUUGAAAAGGGAGUUUCCUUGGGAGUGUGGCCUGCAUCCAAUAUAUACGGAUGUUACGGCAAAGCUUGUGUGUAUCUGACACGUCAUCCUCUGAUCUCUGGUUCUCGGGACUUGAGCCAAUAGCCUGCCACCUGACAGCAUGUCUUGGGAUUUACCAGCUCCCGAAACUCUGUGAGCCAGAAACCUUCUGCCUGGCCUGCAGAUCUUGGAAUUCGCCAGCUGCUGCAAACCUAUGAGCUAGCAGUCUCCCACCUGACCUACCAAUUUUGGGUUCAUUAUCCUCUGCCACCACAUGAGUCAGAAGAAGCCCCCAGCCUGACGCCUUUCCCAUGGAUUUGGGACUUGCCAGCCUCUGCAACUAAGUGAAAUAAGUCUCUCUCUUUAACCAGUUUCACUGAUUUUGCUCCUUUAGAGAACCCAGCCUAAGACAAUGGUCCCGGGUAGUAACAGUGUCUUAUUCUCAUGUACUUGGACUGCUUCACUUAAUCCUUCCCACAUGCCCAUCUUCUGAGGCCCUCCUCAUAAAAAGUAGUCAGACUGGUAGUGUGGUCAUAGAUAUGCCAUCAGUACCCUUCUUUAGAUGUGAUGAUGUUAAAGGGUAGAGAACACUCCAUGGAGCUAUUGGGACGGAGGUACAUGUGGCAUGGAACGGAAUGUACUUUAUCUGGGAAUUUUCCUUGGUUUCAUCAUGCUUAGAAUUCAGGGUGCUUUAUAAAGCCAAUUAGGGUUAAGAGGUUAUUCUGAACUUUCACUAGGGCUUCAUGAAAACUUUGUGUGUGUAUCUAAACAUUUUCGAUUACAAAGAGUGAUCAUCAGUGACCAUUAGGUUUAACCUCAGAAAUUGGUGUUACCAAUGUUGUAUUAUAUCAUGUAAUGAUUUCAUAUUUUUAGCUAGCUCUCCACAGUUUCAAAAAUGCUUUCAUAAAUCUUGUGACAACUUUAUGACAUCAACAGGGCAGGUAUUUUGGGCACAGUUUUACCAAUACGAAUACUGAGGCAGAUGGAGCAUAAGUAAUUUACCUGGACUCCAAACCUGUUGCUGUUGUUUCGAUUCUGACUCAUAAAGACCUGAACCAGAGCUCUUUCCACUGUAUCACAGUAUCUUGGCAUUAGAGUUGGUGUUCCAGCUAUUAAGUUAUACAUGUAGAGAGUUUAGCAGAUUCAGUUUUCAGAAGGCAUAUUCCUCUUCACCCCCAGGUGGGUAGAGGGAGACCACACAUGUCUUUUCCUUUCUCAGCAAAGUUUCUUUCCCUGCCUGGAGCAGGGAGCUCUAAGGUGCUGCUCAGGGCUUACUCAACCAAAUCCCCUUUCCCACCUUGAAAACCCUGUCUCAGUCAAAUGUGUUAACUUCUAAAAUUAGUCAAUAGCACUCGAUUCAAUGAAAGCCUACUAAAGUUUUGAACUGUAUUACAUUAGCUGCUUGUGAGUUCUUGUUAAAAGAUGUAUACAUGAUUACAUGUUAACACAAUUUAAAAUAUUUGUAGAUACUUGUGAAAAGCUACAUUAUGUUAAUUAUUAUCACAUACAAAGUUAAUUUAAAAAUAUUUGUAUUGUUUGCAACAAAAACUGCUCAGGAGCAAUCUAAGGGUUUGAAACCAAGAUGCUUCUUAGUAAUUUUUUUGUUUUGUUUUUUUAAACAUAUGCUGAUGGGUUGUGCAGCAAAAGACUUAGAUGCCUUGUUUCUCCUGCAUUUGCAUAUUUUCUCAGGAAAUUAAAGUUUUGUCACUUGUAUAUUUAUAGAGACUUUGUGAUAUUGAUAUUGUGUUGUAAGCAGCAGUGUGCUGGAGCUUUCUAGCACUAGCUCAUGAGAGCUGAUGGUUAAAUUCUCAAGAAUUUGCAAUUCAGUUGUUAAAUACUGCCAUCCUUGAAAAUGGCCUUGGUGGGAGAAGUACUACCAUGGAAAUAGGCAAAUGCUGUAAAUCAGGGCUUCUCUGUCUGAAGAACCUAUUCAGCAACUCACUACUCUUUGUAAAACUUGCCUUCUUAAUGACCUUUGAUUCCUCUCUGCCUCUGCCUUGUUCCUGGCAGAAUCAAGGCAGGCUAAGGGGGAGAGUAAAAUUGCCUUUGUCUGUAGCCAGAGAGAUAGCUACCAACAGGCAAUGUUUGCAUUCUCCUGGUAUUGUAAUUUCUGCCUUUGUUUUCAAUGUAUGCUCUGUUUCCUUGCUUCUCCUGUUGUCUACAUUUUAAACCUGUAAUAAAAUAUAUGUUCAUAACUAUAGUGGAACUGAU